ACCAGGAGGCGCCACUGAGCAUGUUUCCUCACCGGAACUCAUCUCCACGUGUUUGCCACCGGCGGAAGAGUGUUUGUUUUGAUGCCGCCGGGUUGAGUCCAACGUGGGGCUGUACAUCUCCUGCCAUGAACUCUUUAAUUAUACCAACAAAAGACAUAACGUCAACUAUGGAAAACGAUGUGGAAUGCAGCCGUCAGGAGGAAGAGCUGAGAGGAACCAAGAGAAAGAUUUCUCUCUCCAACUGUGGUGUGUGUGGAUCCGAGGAGGCCAAGUACAGAUGUCCUGCCUGUCUUGCUCAUUCCUGCAGCCUGAUGUGUGUGAAGAAACACAAGGAGGAUUCAGGAUGCAGUGGAGUUCGAAAUAAAACGGCCUUUGUAACCCUCUCACAUUUUGAUGAAAUGACACUUCUCAAUGACUACCGGCUUCUGGAGGAUACAGGAAGAUUUGCUGAUGGCGCCAACAGAGAUAAACUUGUCCGGACUCCUCGUUCCACUUUAAAAGCAAAGAAGCUGGCAGCCCACGCCAGGAAGAUGAAUAUCACAUUGAGGUUCCUCCCCAUCACCUUCACUAAGAGCAAAGAAAACUCCACUGUCUUCACAAGAGAGCAACUGUUCCUGUGGCACGUGAAGCUCCUCUUUCCCCAGAGCAGCACAGAGUUCAGUCAGAGGAGGGUGUCCGACGGGCAGACCUUGGAGCAGAUCCUGACACCGUAUAUCCACCCUACAGAGUCGGACCCUGUGACACGUCAGAAGUUGAAGAUAUAUGUGCAAACUCCAUUUGAUGAUGUGAAAGUCUUCAUGAAAGCAGAAGGAAGAAAGGCUAACUCUGUGAGGUACCAUGCGUUGGACAUUCGCAAGACCCUAAAGGACAACCUGAGCUACAAAACACUGAUCGAGUAUCCUGUGCUGCAUGUUGUACUAAGAGAUCAUUGGAAGGAGUAUCCACUGAAAGGACCAGCUGAACCUGCAUCGACCUGCAAAAGUUUUGCAACAAAGAAGGAAGGGGUGGACCAAAAGGGAGAGGAUGUAUUCCAAGUUUCACCAUUCAAACAAGGAGCCUGCACCCCAGGGGGAACUAACAUCUGGACAGGAACCCCAGAGACCAGCUCCGAAACUGAACCCCCACGAGUGAAAAGAGCCAAAAGAGAAGCAAGAGAGGAAGAGAUAGAGGAGGGAGAGCUAAUAGACAGUAGUGAUGAAGAAAAAGAGGAGGAGAAAGGAAAUACUGAAGACAAUACCCCAUGUGUUAAGAGCUGUGAUGGUGCCAAAAGCCCCGCUAAUGAAAUGGAGGUGAUUAAAGACAAACCAGCAGUCCACAGUGUGGACGUUAAUGUUAAUGAUGGCGUUAAUGAAAAAGACAGUGACAGCAGCAGGGAUCAGUGUAUAAAUAAGGACAUCUCUGCUGCUCCUAAUGAUGACAUGACAAUUGAGCUGUCAGAGAAGAGUGCUGAGGUCAGCAUGACUAAGGAGGAUGCUGUGGAAGAGUCGCAGCCUGUUCAUACCCAUCACUGUCACGAUGAAAAUGAGUCAGCGAAGGCUGCUGACAGCUGUGGACUGGAAUGAUAAUACCCAGAUGUUCUGGGUGAAAUGAGUGAUGAGGCAGACAUAUUUGACAGGAAGUCAUCAAUCCUUGUGUCAGUAUGAACUGUACCAGUGUUCUCAUUAUUAUAAUUUUAUUUUAAACAAGAAAAAUUGGUUAAUAUCAUUGUAUAAGCAUGGAAUCAAUUCAGUGUUAAUGUUUAUAAUUUAGGUUUAGCUAUGCUUUAUUAAAUAAAGACGUUUUUUUUUUAA